UGUCUUAUUCGGGGGAGCUGUUCCGCAUUAUUUGUGUCUGUGUCUGCGUCUGCGUGUGAGUGUUGUGAAUGGAAUCAUGAAUGUGUGUGAUCAGCAAUUCUAAAACAACUAAUACAAUUCCCGGUUUACUCGUACCGGAUCCGUAACUGUAAUCUACAAAAACAAGUGAAGAGAAGAAGAUUUGGAUAAGAAAGUGGCCGCCAUUAGUUAAAAAUCAGAGGUAGAGGUAGAGAGAGAGCGAGGGAGAGCCAUGGCUGAUUCUGUAUUCUCUUUGGUACCAGAAGACGUAGUUUUCAAAAUCUUCUUCAAGCUCCAAGAUGAUCCAAGAUACUGGGCUCGUCUUGCAUGCGUCUGCACCAAAUUCUCAUCUAUUGUAAGAAACGUUUGCUGGAAAACACAGUGCUACUCCGCAAUCCCCACCGUCAUCUCCGAUCUCCUUCCUCCUUCUUCUUCUUCUUCUUCUUCCGCCGCAUCGUCUUCAUCCCUAACUCCUCCUCCUCCUGGUGGUUGGGCUUCUCUCUACAAACUCGCCGUCUGUUGUCCUGGUCUCUUCCACGCCGGGAUUCUCCUCGAAAACUCCGAUUUCGGUUUAGAACGUGAGCUAGGUCCCGAUCAAAGCCUCGAUCGUAAACUUACACCGACGGAUCUAGCUUGCGACGACGGAGAAGUUUCGAAACCAGUCGGAUCUGGUUUAGAAACGACCUCGUUUUGGUCUCUCUACGACGAUCUCUACACCGAUACGCUCUCCGCUCCUCCGGAAGAUUCGACGGACGAUCAAGAAGAAGAAGAAAUCGAAACGAGUGAGAUCAGACCUGGACGAGAUCUUCCGGUAAGGAAACGAAGGAAGAUUUGUAGAUCUCUAGGAUCUCAUUUAGCUUCAGGAGCUUGGAACCUUAGCCGUGAACAAGGCAACAAGCUUCUCGCCAGUAGAUUCCGCGGUGAUUGUCUCUACAUUUGCAAUUGGCCUGGUUGUAUUCACGUCGAAGAGAAACGAAACUACAUGUUGUUCAGAGGUGUUUUCAAAGAUUUCAAACGCUCUCGUGUUUGGAGAACCAUCAACGACGGUAACCGGAGUAAGAUCUCCGGUUUGAAAUGCGCCUUCUGCUUGUGCGACGAGACUUGGGAUCUGCAUUCAUCGUUUUGUUUGAGAAGAGUGUUUGGGUUUCAUGAUGAUGGUGAACCUGUUGUCAGAGCUUAUGUUUGUGAGAAUGGUCAUGUCUCUGGUGCUUGGACUGCUUUACCUCUCUACACUUGACUAAAAGAUCAAGACUUUUCAUUUGAUUAUUAUUGUUGGUCUUUUAUCAUCUCUAUUUGGUUAGAUUGUUUGAGGUUUGUAAUAAUCGUAUGACCAUUUGUUUCAUAUUCUGGUUCAAGUUUAAGCUCAGUACCAA